GCGAGCCGGAUCCGGUAACGCUGCGGAGAGGGGAGAGGACAGGCGGCGGCCACGCCGGCGGCAGGAGGUGGGGGAUCGACCGGGCCCGGGAUCGAGGAGGAACGCGCCACCGCACCCUCUCUCGUGCGCCGCGGCCACGGGCCCCAAGCAGGUCGCCUGUGGACCGCGCCGGGUUCCGCUCGGAGCGGGAGGCGGCACCGGGCCCGAGCUGGGGCGGAGGUUUCUAGCUGCCGCCUGGGCGCCCGGAGCUGAGGGCUCGCCGUAGAGGACCGCGCUCCGACCGGAGGUUCCCGCGGCCUCGAGAGCGCCGGCAGUGCCAGAUCUCAGCCUGAUGGACGUCUGGUGUGGACAAUGAGGGAGGAACAUGCCUCCCCCACCUGCGAGGUGAGCCCGGAGCAAGCCCCGGAUGACCCCGCGACCCGGGACCAUGCGGCUGGCCUGCAUGUUCUCAUCCGUCCUGCUGUUCGGGGCUGCGGGCCUCCUCCUCUUCAUCAGCCUGCAGGACCCCACGGAGCUCGCCCCCCCGCAGGCGCCAGGAAUAAAGUUCAACAUCAGGCCGCAGCAGGCCCAGGAGGACCUCCCGCCGCAAGGCAGUUCUCAGGAUGGUGACUUGAAGGUACCCACAGAGAGGGUCAUACGAGAUUUGUCCAGCGGAACCCCGAGGGGCCCCGACUGGCCGGUGCCUGAGCGGCAUGAACCCCAUCUGAAGAGGGUGUCCCCUCUGCGACUCCGGCAGCGCCGCCGCCGGCUGCUCAUCAAGAAAAUGCCAGCAGCAGCCCCAGCCAACAGCUCGGCCUGGACCUUCGCGCAGCCGCGCCCGCGGGCCCUGGACGGCCGCUGGGUCAGCCUGCAGCAGAGCCAGCGGGAGCGCAAACGGCUGAUGCAGGAGGCCUGUGCCAAGUACCGGGCGAGCAGCAGCCGUCGGGCCGUCACUCCGCGCCACGUGUCCCGCAUCUUCGUGGAGGACCGCCACCGCGUGCUGUACUGCGAGGUUCCCAAGGCGGGCUGCUCCAACUGGAAGCGGGUGCUCAUGGUGCUGGCGGGGCUGGCGUCGUCCACCGCCCACAUCCAGCACAACACGGUGCACUACGGCAGCGCCCUCAGACGCCUGGACACCUUCGACCGCCAGGGCAUCCUGCACCGGCUCAGCACCUACACCAAGAUGCUCUUCGUCCGCGAGCCCUUCGAGAGGCUGGUGUCUGCCUUCCGCGACAAGUUCGAGCACCCCAACAGCUACUACCACCCCGUCUUCGGCAAGGCCAUCCUGGCCCGGUACCGGGUCAACGCCUCGCGGGAGGCGCUGCGGACAGGCUCCGGGGUGCGCUUCCCCGAGUUCGUGCAGUACCUGCUGGACGUGCACCGGCCCGUGGGCAUGGACAUCCACUGGGACCACGUCAGCCGGCUCUGCAGCCCCUGCCUCAUAGACUACGACUUUGUGGGCAAGUUUGAGAGCAUGGAGGACGAUGCCAACUUCUUCCUGAGCCUCAUCCACGCGCCAGGGAACCUGACCUUCCCCAGGUUCAAGGACAGACACUCGGAGGAGGCGCGGACGACAGCGAGGAUCACCCACCAGUACUUUGCGCAGCUCUCGGCCCUGCAGCGGCAGCGCGCCUACGACUUCUACUACAUGGAUUACCUGACCUUCAACUACUCCAAGCCCUUCGCAGACCUGUACUGAAGGGCGGGGCCGGCUGGCGGUGCGGCGCGCAGGGGCGUCCCCACUCUCUGUGGGGCCGCGUCCCCAGCUGAGAUGUAGAGCCAGGUGUCUGUGGGAUGCCCCAGGCCCUAGGUGGGGACAGAGGCCUCUGCUCUUGGGUGGGGACCCUGGCCCUCGUCGUGUUCCCACCUCCUCCUCCUUGGCUGAGGGAAAUGCAGACUGACCCCCAGGAGCUCAGCCAGGAGUUCCAAUGACCAGGGAAUCCUGAGGCCCGAGGACUAGGCCCCAGCGGGAAGGGAUUUCUAGCGGUCCCUUAGCCAUUGCCUUGUACCAAACCAUGCGGUUUGCAGCUUUUCUAUGACCCAGGGGGGAUGUCCCCUUGGAUGGAGGUUACAAAUAAAGCACACGGUUU